AUGAAUUUUUAUGAUUAUGAUAGCAAUACACCAGAAUAUAAAUUCUACGAAGAUUUAUAUCUCGAAGUUUCUGUUUCAAAUAAAGCCAAGUGCAGAUCUUGUGGCAAAACUAUUGAUAAAGAUGUGCUCAGAUGGUGUAGCUCAGAAAGAGAUAGAGCUGAACCUAUUUAUGUAAGUAAAAGAUAUUAUCACCAAAAGUGUUUACCUCCUGUAGCUGGUCAUCCUAUCGUUGAUUAUAACCCUAAAACAUAAACAGGAAAGCUUAAAAACAUGAAUGUAAAUCCAUCUAAGUAAACAGAAAAGGAUUUAUUUAACAAUGCUGUGGAUGAAUAUGUUAAAUACAGAAACAACUAUGAUAAAAAAAGUAAAAAAUAAGAUAAAAACUGGGAUCCAGAUAACUCAGAUUCUGAUUCAGGAGAAGAGGUAGUUAAAAAAGCAAAGAAAGCUACAAAAGUGAAUAAGUCUGAAAAGAAAACCAACAAGAGAUCAAAAGCUGAUGAUAGCGAUGAAGAUAUAGAUGCUGAAGUUAGCUUGGCUGGAUACACAGAUGGUUAAAGAUAAAAAUACUUAAAAAAAUUAGAAGAACUAAAAUCUAAAACUGUUGCUUAACUCAAAGCUAUUUUAAAAGCAAAUAAUUAAACAUAAACAGGUACUAAAGAAGUACUUUUAGAAAAAGUAGCAGAUGGAUACACCCUUGGUGCUAUACCACAAUGCACUAAAUGUGGAGGGGGUAAACUAAGAUUCAACAAAUCUACAGGAGAGUAUACUUGUCCUGGAUUUAUGGAAGAUACUGAUAAAGUUGAUUGUGAUGCUGUAUUCUCAAUAGAUUAAGUUGUUAGAUUUGAUUGGGUAGAACCAUGA